AACAACACCUUCACUUGGCUUUUGACCAGAAAACUGCUUUGCCACAGGAUUUGACUUAAGAAAAGCUGAAGCGAGACACAAUAACAGGACAUGCAAAUCGAACAUUCGGCACAAAGCAGACAACAACGAGCACCGAUUUUGUCAGAGAAUGCGAUUGAUGGACGCAACAAAGAACGAGACGUUGAUUUAUUUGGACAUGUAUGAAUAUGAAUAUUACGAGGAAAAUUCCAGCCACCGCGGGGACGAGGGUCCCCAGCUUUCCAAAGAAUUCACGGCCACGCGGACUGUCCUCUGCAUCCUGUUUUUUCUCGGUUUGCUAGGCAACGCCACCGUGCUCUGGAUUCUCCAGCGCCACAUCAAGCUGAAGACGUUGACGGACAUUUGUCUCCUCAACCUGGCCCUGUCAGACCUCAGUCUGGCUGUGUCUCUCUUCCUGUGGGCCUACGAUUCGCAGGACCUUGCAGUAUGCAAAGUCACAACGGGAGUUUAUCAGUUGGGAUUUUACAGCGGAACGUUGUUCGUGACCUUGUUGAGCGUGGACCGCUACCUGGCCAUCGUCCACGCCGUGGCCGCCACGCGAACCCGGACGCUCGGCUACGGCCUGGCAGCCGGCGUCGUGGUCUGGGUUGUGUCUGUGGUCAUGGCAACCCCGCAGGUCAUAUUCGCCUCCGUUGUAGUGAGCGACAACAGCUUGCUGAGUUGCAAGCCGGUCUAUCCGGAAGAAAGUCAGCAGUUUUGGAAGAUGCUCCGAAACUUCAGCGAGAACACAGUGAGUCUUUUCCUGUGUCUACCGAUCCAGAUCUUUUGCUAUGUGAAGAUCCUGCAUGUGCUGUCCAAGACGAGGAACUCCAAGAAGGAUCGAGCUGUGAAAUUGAUAUUCAUCGUCGUCUGUGUGUUUGUUGUGUGCUGGGUGCCUUACAAUGUUGUCGUUUUCCUUCAAACACUGCAACUGUUUGAGAUGUUCAACACCUACAAGGCCUCAACAGCAAUCAACUCGGCCACGGCCUGGUCCGAGAUCGUCGCGCUGUCGCACUGCUGUGUGAAUCCUGUCAUUUACGCGUUAGUCGGGGAGAAAUUCCGGAAGCCUUUGGGCAAUUUGUUGUCCAGAUACUGUUACAAGCGCAGAGCUUCUGUCAGUCACGGAGACAACUCAGAGAAAGAAACUUCCAACACAGCUCUGAGAUCACAGAUCUGAGAUUAGGAUACUAGAAACUAGGAAUAUGCAUCAUUUGGAUGAUCUGAUUGAAAAUAAUUCUUACAAAAGUGUGGAAUUGACUCUUGAUUAUGUCUUGAAGCAGUGGAGGCCAAAUGGAGUGCUCGACUUGGCCGGCUAAAUCCGGCAGAGGUCGUGUUGAGUCACUCUUAACACGUUGUGGUAUAAAUAUUUUGUCUGCCUUCUAAUAAGCCUCCUGUGGACAAGUAAGAAUUAGCACUCUUGCGAAGACACUUAAGGCAAUGCGUCUGGUUGGUCCAAUGUUUUUGGGAUGUCCAUAUGAAAGAAACGAAUUCUAUCGAUCGAAAGCAAAACAACAUAAUGAAUAGGAAGUUGAGCUACAACCACCAGAGCUCGCUCGCUCAUGUGGCAACACGUAGAGGCAACAUGCUAAGCCUCCGGGGGGUAACGCAAAAUUCACCUUCAUCCAAAAUCCAUCCAUUUUCUGUACCGCUUAUCCCCCCCCCCCGGGGUCGCGGGUGUGCUGGAGCCUAUCCCAGCUAUCUUCGGACCCUGAACUGGUCGCCAGCUAAUCGCAGGGCACAUAGAAAGAAACAUCAUCAAUCAUUCACACUCACAUUCACACCUAUGCGCAAUUUAGAGUCAUCAAUCAACCUACCAUGCAUGUUUUUGGGACGUGGGAGGAAACCGGAGUACCCGGAGAAACCCCACCCAGGCACGGAGAGAACAUGCAAACCCCACACAGGUAGUGUUGGGAUUUGAACCCCGGUCCCCAGAACUGUGAUGCAGAUGUGCUAACCAGUCGUCAAACGUGCCGCACCAAACUACUAAUUGUCAACCAAAAUGCCAACCCUUUUUACCCCCUUGACUAACCUUUUGUUCUUUUGUUGUGUUACACUUGAAAUUGUCUAAACCUUGUUAAUUGUUGCAAACGCUUAAGUGUUCUGGAUCAUUUUUAGAGAUUAACCUACUGCGUCAGUGUCUGCAUUGGCCUAAUGCGCACCUUUAUUAUUUGUUGUAUUUACAGAUGGCUAACUAAUGUUUUUCCAACUACUAAACGUCAUUCAAAAUGCCAUCCCCUUUUUACCCCUUUCAGAUUGUUAACCUUUUGUUCUGCUGUUGUGUUACACUUGAAAUUGUCUAAAAGCGUUCUGGAUCAUUCUUAGAGAUUAACUCAUUCACUGCCAGCCUUCCCAUUUAACAUGGAUAUUUGACUUCUAAAGCCGUCAAUGGCAGUGAAUGUGUUAACCUACUGAGUCAGUGUCUGCAUUGGGCUAAUCUACGCCUUUAUUAUUUGUUGUGUUUACAGAUGACCAGCUAAUGUUUUUCCUAAUCGUAAUGUUAUCCCCCCCCCCCUUUUUUUAAACCCUUUUAUAUAUCAGAUUUUUAACCUUAAGUUGUUUGUUGUGCUACUUACACAUUAUUAUUCAUCUUAAUGCUCCAACAUUUGAAAUAGCCUGUUUGUGCUGCGAUGGGCCUACAGAAUCAGUGCUGUUGGCCAAUGUACCAUAACUUGUUACUGUGUUUGAAAUGUUAUUAAAGUGUUUUGGGAUCAUA